AUGACACUGUCCAAUGGGGUUGAAGCCGGUGCCGAAACAAUAGAACUUCUCCAGAAGACUUUCAAGACGAAGACGAAAAACGGCAACGGCAAGAUGGCACGAUCGCUUGAACUAGAGAGAAGGCACUACUUCAGGAAGGCAAUGGGGCUGCUUGCGGUUGGAAUAGGAAUUAUUGCGCUCGGAAUCGCGUUUUCUGUGCUCUACUUUUUAAAUAGAGAGACGAGGAAAAAUAUCAUGAUGGCUGGUCCAAUUUGCUUAGCAGUUGGUCUUUUAGUAUUUAUUUGCGCGAUGGUAUGGAUUCCGAUUAUCAAAACUAAGUUAAAGAAGAAAAUGCAGCAGCAAAAGAGUCAAAAUAGAUACGGUAUCUAA